UCCAAAUCAUUCUAUUAUAAUACUACAACCCUAGUGGCAGUCCACGAUUUCCCUUGAUCCCUUGUGUUGCUUCCUAAAUUACGGUUCACUCUGCUUCCAAAUCCAGGUAUUUUGUGUUCUACGCCUCGUCUCCGGUCUUCGCUACUUAAACUUCCAACCUUUAUCAAAUAUUCCUAAACUAAAACAAUAGUUUUGAUUUGGGAUUGUACAGUUGUUUCUUCCUGGGAUUUUAUACAAUAAUGACGCCUCCUUGUAGAAAGUUAUCGCCUUUAUGCGGAUGUUGAUCUUUAAAAAUUCUAUCAUAGAAUUUCUAUGUUGUUUGGUUGGUAGGUGAUAAUAAGGAAGACUUGCUCCCUUUAAUCUGAAAACACAGAUAGUAAGCUGCAACUGUUGGUGAACUAUAAAGAAGAAAAAAGAGAUGGAAACGUGGGAGGAUGAAGUGCUUAUUCCAGAAAUUCUAAAAAAGGUGCAACCCCUGAAUAAAUGGGAUGAUGAGGAUGUUGAUGAAAAUGACAUUAAAGACUCUUGGGAAGAGGAGGAUGAAGAUCCUACUCCAGCACCUCAACCUGUGGCUCCUGCUGAAAAGGCUUCAAAGAAGUCUGCCGCCAAAGCAACUGAAGCAAAAGGGAAAGCGGUUAAAAUUGCACAAGAGGAGCCUUUAGAUCCAGUAGCUGAGAAACUACGCCAGCAGAGGUUAGUAGAAGAAGCUGAUUAUAAGUCAACAGCAGAAUUGUUUGCUAAGAAAGGUGAUGAGAAGACCCUUGAAAAUUUCAUUCCCAAAAGCGAAAGUGACUUUGUCGAAUACGCAGAGCUCAUUUCUCAUAAGUUACGGCCUUAUGAGAAAAGCUACUUCUACAUUGGGUUACUCAAGGAUGUAAUGAGACUGGCAAUGACAUCAUUGAAGGGGCAAGAUGCUAAAGAACUGGCAUCUUCAGUUACUGCAAUUGCAAAUGAAAAAAUCAAAUCCGAAAAAGAAGCCAAUGCUGGAAAAAAGAAGACAGGUGGAAAGAAGAAGCAGCUGCUUGUUGAUCGAGCAGAUGAUGAAGCUGUAGUCAAUGCAUAUGAUGGUUAUGACGACUAUGAUUUUAUGUGAGACAAUGAAGGAUUGCGUGCUUUUGUGUGAUAGCAGCAAAUACAAGGAAUGAUGAUCCUGCGGAUUGUGCUCCCAAUUCUGGAGGCUGAUUGAGUGCUAUAUAUUUCCAUCAUCAAAUAAAAGAUUACCCCCAAGUCAUUCUUAUUUUGGCUUUCUUGCUUUUUGGUGAAACUGUGUACUCCUGUACGAUGACUGUAUGAUAUCUAUCUUAGAUUUUGAACCUUGGGCAUGAUUGGAUCCCCAAAAAUACUAGAGAAAAAAGGCAAUAGAAGAAAGUAUGUUUUUAUGUUUUGGUUUACUUUCAAAAAAUGCGCUAAGGACAAUAAAAUGAGAUUAAUGCAUUUUUU